UCGAUUGUGUCAACCCACUUUUUUCCAAUUUGUUUAGAACCACACAAAAACAAGUGGAAAAUAGGAACUAUGAAAAUAAACUAGAUAACCCCAACAAUGAAGUAGUAGUAGUAAUAGUUACUGUUAUCAACCAUUGCAAUGGCUACCUCAUUAACAACAUUGCAAUCAUCAUUCAUCUUAGGAAGAACCCCAUCACUUCAAUCUACAAAUCACCAUGUUUUCUUGUUUCAAAAUCAUAACUUCAAUCAAUCAGCACCUCACAAAAAGAGAAUUUCCUUCACUGUCCAAGCAGUAGUCAAACCCCCUUCUGGUGUUGAAUUUCCAAAAGUACAGCCUCAAUUUAAACCACCAUUUCUUGGGUUUACAAAGACAGCAGAAGUAUGGAACUCUAGAGCAUGCAUGAUGGGACUCAUUGGAACUUUCAUUGUAGAGCUUAUAAUCAACAAGGGAAUACUUGAGGUGAUUGGAGUUGAGAUUGGAAAAGGCCUUAAUCUUCCUCUUUAAUCAUUCAUUUUCAUUCUGCAUGUAACUAUUGUCACUUGUAUUUAAAUAAUAGUUUCUUUUUUUUUUUAAAUGGUUUCAAGAACAUGGUUUCUCAUUACUUGUUAUUUGGCUAUAUCUAAUUCUGUAAUUUAAAAUUUUGGCUUAAGUAAUACCAAUGCACUUGUAAAUGGA